AUGGCCGCCGACGUCUUAUCCCCGCGCAGCGAGCCUGGCUCGGCCACGUCUGUUGGCGCAAACCGAACCACGCUGCCCCCACUAGUCACAUCCCCGCCAUCGCGGGCAAAACUCGAGCGGGCCAGCUCCUACCUGAACAAGCGCCUGUCCACCUUCUCCAACACAUCCAAUGCCCCGCAGCCAACGCGUUCGCGGCCACAAUCGACGGCCUUCCCGAUUUUCCACUCGAGCCUCGACUUUACCCUCGUACGGGACUUUGCAUACGACCCGCUGCACCCACUCUUCUACGGCCCUCUGCCUGACCAGCCAUCCGACAUCUCUACUCCAGCGAGCGAAGUAAGUCGGCGAUUAUCAGAUCCGCCACCUGUGGCAUGGCGCACCGACCGCGGCAAUUGGUCAGCAGGCUCCUGGGAUGCGACAGGCGAGCAACUCCCGCAGAUGGCAUACGGCGACGGACCGCCCUACAGUGAGGACGAGGACAUUUCCAGCCCAGUGGUCACGAGCCACCACGGCGCGCGGCACAAGAAGCACAAAUCGAACAUUGUCAACUUUGACCACACGCGGGGCAGGAGGGGCUAUCCCGAGGAACAACGGAGGGCGCCCCUCGCUGUGCCCAAUGGCGAGGAAAGCCCCGCUGGAGAUGCCAGCGAAGCCAGCGGCCAAGGCUACAUCACCUACCCACCAACAGCCUCAAAUCUUUCGGUGCCCGAAGGCGCGUCACGGCGAGACUCGCACUUUGCAGCACUACUCCCCCGACGCACAUACGCCGAAAACGAAGGCCCUGCCUACGAGUCAGACGAGGAAAUGUCAGAGCCUGGAGACUACAUUCAGGACGACAGCCGCUUUUCACGGGACUAUCAAUUCACCAUUGCUUCACCAGACGAAGAGAUGCAUGGCAAGGCAGUAGCGCUUUUCGACUUUGCACGAGAAAACGACAAUGAACUACCUCUUGUAGAAGGACAGGUCAUUUUAGUGUCAUACAGGCACGGCCAGGGUUGGCUGGUUGCUCAAGACCCCAAGACUGGGGAGAGCGGACUGGUGCCCGAGGAGUACGUGCGACUGCUUCGAGACAUCGAGGGAGGCUGGAAUGGCCUCAUGAAUGGCAAUCUGCACCCCCAAGAAGCCAACCCCGCAGCGCCUGAGAGUCUGCUCAGUCCCAUCUCUGCCGGCCCUGAAGCUAAGACACCCACGCAAGCCGACCACACCUCGUCCUACACGCCUAUAAUCUCGACAUUUUCGACGAGCCACAAGGACCUCGAGCCGUAUCCCAAAGAAAAGCUCACCACACCCACUGCCGGCGAAGGAGAGACCACUGGCAAAGCGCGAGAAGGCGGCCCAAUGGAGGGCGUGGAAGGGACUCCCGAGCCAACACCGCAGCCCCAAAAGUCAUGA